UAAAAACUGUACAAGACGCACGUAGGUACUCCGCCGACAGAUGCGCUGAGGAAUGGAUUACAACUUGCGGUCUCACUUACAUCGCAGGUUGCAUAGCGAUACCUCUAGUUUGGGGACGACUAUUUCACAAGAGGUUCUCUCCAAUUGUGCCGAUUGAGUACAGAGUAUGCGCUACUGCUUGUUCAAUGAUGCUAGUUUCUUACUUUGCUGGACGUAAUCAAAAACUAAAGUGUGAAAAGAGAGUUAGAGAUGAAAUAAGAAAAAUGGCAGGAAUAGAAGAAUAUUAAUUUUCAAAUUGUUUCUACAUUAUAAUAGUGAAAAUGAAUGGAAUUUUGAAAAGGCUUACUCCUUUUGUAAAAAGGAGAGCAUUGUUUACAAAGCAAUUUGUGCACAGAAAGCCAUGUUUAAUGCUUAAGAGACGGAAUGGGGGACAAAUUGAUUCUUACUUUUUUGUCGAUGAGGAGAGGGACCUGAAUAAUCCAGAUUAUUCAGAAAUUUCCAAUGAAUAUUUGGGUACUAUAGCCAAAGGUCAUCGAGUUCUAGUAAUUCAGCCAUACAUAAAAUGGGGUAAAGAUAAGAAAAAAGAUACUACUCGAGAAUUGCAGCUAGCUGAAGCUGUUGCAUUGGUUCAAACUUUACCUUACUGGACUGUCGUUGAAAAAUUAUGGGCUCCUCUUUUGAGCUUAGACAGAAAACAAUUUUUUGGUAAAGGUACUCUCACAAAGAUCAAGUCUUUAUUAGAUAGUCAAUGCAACAUAACUGCUGUAUUUAUAAGUGUAAAUACUUUAAAACAUGAACAGCUUUUAGAAUUGCAAAAAAUUUUUAAACUACCUGUUUAUGACAGAUAUUCUCUUGUAAUUCACAUAUUUAGAAGUCAUGCAAAAAGUCCUGAAGCAAAACUUCAGGUAGCCCUAGCUGAACUUCCGUAUAUUUAUGAGAAAAUGAGCGAAAUCAAUGGUCAGAUUAAUUUACUAGAAAAAAGGAGAUUAUUUUUACAAUCAAGAGAAGGUCAGCUGAGAAAUGCUCUACAAAAACUGAAAACACAUAGAGAAUCUGUAAGAACUAAAAGAAAAAAAUAUGGAUUUGCUACAGUUGCUAUCGUUGGGUACACCAAUGCUGGAAAAACAUCAUUGAUAAAAGCAUUAACUGGAGACAAAAAAUUGACACCUAAAAACUAUUUGUUUGCAACACUGGACACAACUGCUCAUCAGGGUGUUCUACCUAGCACUAUGAAAGUUUUGUACAUAGACACUAUUGGUUUUAUACAAGAUGUUCCAGAAACUUUGAUUGAACCUUUUGUUGCUACAUUGGAGGAUGCAAUGGUAGCUGACAUUAUUGUACAUGUUUAUGAUGUAAGCCAUCCAGACUGUAAAGCUCAAAUCGAACACGUUAGGAAAACAUUGAAAUCAUUGUCAGAUGCGAACAAACCAACGAUUGAAGUUGCUAACAAAUGCGACUUGAUAGAACCUGGUAAUUUGCCCGAAGAUGCAUUGGGAAUUUCAGCCACGGAAACCACUGGCAUCGACAUCUUGCGACACGAGAUCGAGAGGCUCAUAUUAUCCGAAACUGGAAGAUCCAUCAUGAAGAUGCGCGUGGAGUCGGGCAGCGAGGCUUUCGCUUGGCUCUACAAAGAGGCUACGGUGAUAAGCGCCGAGCCCGAUCCCAAGAAUUUACAAUUCAUGCUGCUGAAUGUUAUUGUUACGGACGACUUGUUGCAUCGAUUCAGGCGCUUUUUGAAGUCAUUGUGAAAGAAUGACAGCCUGUCACGUCCUCUCGAUAAAAUUCUAUAGAUUCUGUAACAAUGUAUAAUAGUUGUUAAUUUACAUUCAUAAGUUUUAUCGUUGCUUUGUAAAAGUGCUCU